GUCGUAGUCUUCCUGCGUGUCGUGAGGCCUGUUCGAGGUUCAUGUGGGUGGUGCCGCGGUGAGGAUGUGGCGAGCGUGACGCGAUUUUGUCCGCGUUGGAGCCGGGGCGGCCGUGACGUGGCAAAGAGAGAGAGGGAGGGAGGAAGAGAGGGAUAAAAAGAGAGCUAGAGCGAGCUAGGCUCCCUGGACGCAGAUCAGCCUCGGUGAGAGGACGUCGCCGACGUUGCCUUUGCUCGCUCGCUCUUGCUUUCGGCGUCUCUGAGGUGGCGAGAUCUGAUAGAGGAGGAGGAGCAGCAGCAGCAGCAAGCGAGGAGGAGGGACAGGGGCCCCGGUCGCUGCCUCUGCCUUCGUCGCCGCCGCCUUCGCCCUCGGCCCGCUCUCUCCUUGCACCGCCGCUACCUCCGCCCAGCCCGGAACCGCCAUGGGCCUCACCAUCUCCUCCCUCUUCUCGCGCCUCUUCGGCAAGAAGCAGAUGCGCAUCCUCAUGGUUGGUUUGGAUGCAGCUGGAAAAACAACCAUUCUGUAUAAGCUGAAGUUAGGAGAGAUUGUCACUACAAUUCCAACAAUUGGUUUUAACGUGGAAACAGUAGAAUAUAAAAACAUCUGUUUCACAGUUUGGGAUGUUGGUGGCCAAGAUAAAAUUAGACCACUCUGGAGGCAUUAUUUUCAGAACACACAGGGUCUCAUUUUUGUGGUAGAUAGCAAUGACAGAGAGAGAAUUCAGGAAGCGGCAGAAGAACUGCAGAAAAUGCUUCAGGAAGACGAGUUGAGAGAUGCAGUGCUGCUUCUCUUUGCAAACAAACAAGAUUUGCCAAAUGCCAUGGCAAUAAGUGAAAUGACAGAUAAAUUAGGCCUUCAGUCCCUGCGUAACAGAACUUGGUAUGUUCAAGCUACCUGUGCUACACAAGGAACUGGUCUGUAUGAGGGACUUGACUGGCUGUCAAAUGAGCUAUCAAAGCGCUAACUGAAACUGAAUUUCACACCAGGGACAUGUUUGAUAUAAGUGGUCUAGGCUUGUUACAUCAAAAUUAGUUUGCGUCUUGGUUAUUAUACAGUAUCUGGAACUGGUUUGGGCAGGAUAUUACAGCAUUUUGACUUAUUUGUUGCCAAUUAUUGUUCACCAAGCUACAUGUUGCCAAGGUAACAAUAUGCUUGGGUUAAAAAGAAAACUCCUUAAUUUGGAAAAAAGUGUAUCUUCUGAUUUUUACUUCUAUUGUUAGCCUAAAUGCCUGAAUAUAGUUGUGACUUUUGAAAUCUGUUUGAAUGCUUAUUGAGCCCCAAUUAAAUUAAGUACAUUUUAAAAAGAUUUUCCCUUGUCGUUUUUAAGUUACUGAUAUCUUACUUCAUUCCUUAAGACAGUCUGCUGACUUAAUCUAGCAUUCCAUUUAUAUUUAUUUCACUCCCUUAUAAAAACACAUCCUAUUGUUGUUCAUCAGGAAAAUGCUCUAAAACACUAUUCAAAUCUUCUGCGUGAGGAACAUUUUAUUAACCCCUUGGAUUCUGUUGACCCACUUUUGCCUGUGUGUGAAUUAAAUCUGGUUGGUAGAACAUUUCUGUGCCGGUUGCAACAAACUCUUUGAGAUUUUUAAUAUUCAGCAGAUUGUCUUCCUUUAUAUUGUAUUUUUUUGUUGCAUGUUGCUUUUUGAUAUCAGCCUGUUUUGCCCAGUGUAUAAUAGUUCUGCUAAAAUUUACUGUUUAUUGGUGAACAUAUCUUCAUGAAGACAGAUUUUGGAAAAUUCUUCAGACUCAGUGGAUUAAUUUCUUCAUAACCUACUCAGAAUUAUUCUUAAUAAAGAUGAUACCGAUGUAUA